GGGUGCUGGGGAGCAGCGCAGAACUGCCGGCUCCCGGCUGGCGGGGUUCUGUCUAUCCGAGUCCAGGAAGGUGCUGCCCGUCCUCGUGUAUUUUGUUUUGGGAGUUUGAACUCGAUGUAGCCUCCGGUGUGUAGGAGAGGAAAAGGGAACGGAAAAAAAGCCCAAGAGCCCCAUUACUCAGCAGUCUGCUUCUCCUCCAACGGAUCAGCCCAAUAAUGUGGAAAAUUAAGCACAGAGGACUAAAGGAUUCUUACUGCGAGGACGACAAACCACAGGAGGUGUCGAAGAGCAAGGAUCCACUGCUUCCAGAAGAGGCUACAAGUUCUGUCUCGCAGCUCGCUACAAAGGUUCAAGGAGCAAGUCUAAAAAGUUGGAAGGAGGUAGCCUCACUUUUCAAUAAAGACGAUGAGCACAAACUGCUGACUGACAGUGAACCUAAAAGGACAAUUGUGAAAGUAAAAGAAGAUGUAAAAAUGGAAAAGAAACCCAGUUUCUGGGACACCUUGGGAAUUAAGCAGAACUCAGCCAGCAAGAGUCCCACAGAAGAAGGAGCAUGGGAGCCACAAGUUACAAUGGAGAAUCCUUAUAGCAAUUUGACUGACUCCUGUGUCUGGUCUGACUGGGCAAGUGAAAGUAGCAGCAGUUCAAAAUAUACCAGCCUGGAGAGUGAAACAAGUGUGAGUAGCUCCAGGUGGGGAAUCAUAACAGCAGGGAAGCUGCCUGGAAUCCGAAGACGCAGUAAAGGAAAUCUGACUGACUGCUGGGAAGAACUUGAGUGAUACUUAUCUAUCUGCUUCAAUGGUAGUCCAAAAAUUAGUUGCACAGUUCUCACCAUUUUCAGUUCUUCUGUCAGGGUUUCUGUGGAUUCUUUGUCUCUCGGUGAUUUUAUGCAUGUGAAGUCAGUGUCUGUUGAGCACUAAAUCAAAAUCGCCAACCUUCUUUCUGUUGUGCCAAUUCUUCAAUAAAUGUAUUAGCACCUUUUCCAUUCAGAUGAGCUCAUUUUGAAUUGUCCCAUCAGCAUUCUUUAUUUGUGACUGCUUGUUAUCAGCUUUAUUGAGUGCCUAAAUAUAACUAUUUAUUGAUACCUCAUUCUUCUGAACAUUGGUAUACUGUAUUUGUUUAUGAACAUCAGUAUAAAUGCAUGCUUAUUUUGGCUACUACUCCACUGCACAUAUUGGGUACCAGAGACCACAGUGGAACUGAAUAAGAGGUACAGGCAGUAGAUUUACUUUGCAUGUGUUUACUGCUAGUGACCAUAGACUAGUCUCUUCACCCUUGCCCUUUUCUUGACUUAAUAAAGACGGGUGGUUGGAUUAAAUAUUACAAGAGCUGUUACAGUUGGGGUAAAAGAAAACUCAGCUUCUCCUUCAUGUAUGCUGAAUGAUGAGAAAAAGAUUCUAGUGAAUGGAAUUUGAACAUCUGUUAAACAAUUAGCAUUGGUUUGGAAUCCAGUGUCUUACCAUCAUUGGAUAAAAGUUGUGUGAAGUUGUUUUUGUCUGAAUGUCUUGUAGGUUUUUAAAAAUUUCACAGAAAGCCGAGUAUUUUCAGCAAAAACCAAUCCAACACUUUGUUUUUAGUUGGCCUUUAAUUAAUCAAUUGGGGGAUUGAUAUCACUGCUUCUGUCGUGACAUGCUCUGUAGUCAUAGUGCCCACUGUGAAACUGCUCAAUGAGCUUUCUAAUUAUGGGAAUUAGUGAAAGACUACUCAAGAAAUUUCUCAGGAAUCUUCUAGGGCUUUUCUCACCUUUCAAACACACAGUUUGCUUUGGCUGUUGUAUCCAAGUUCUUUAGUGUAGUAUCAAUAUAUUUGGUGACCUAAAUCACAACAGUGACUAGUUAAAGUGUAAUUGAUAAAACAGUAGGCAUAAUAAUUUACUGAGCAAUUUUCUUGGGAGAGUGCCACGCUAUAUGCCCAAGUCUGAACCUUCAGCCUCGUUUGUAAAGAGUGGGAAUAUUAUCAGUUUCCACUCCUUAUGAAACAGUUGGAAGUAUUGGCCAUUAAAGGGGGGUGGGGGCUGGAAAAAAUCAUACUCUUUCAAGCAGUAAGUUUGUAUUGCAAUAAGCAAUCUGCUGUAAGAACUCUGGGUUAUGCAGCAUUGGUAAGAGGAAGGGGGUUGAUUUUCCCCAAUACAGGCUGUCUGUCCUGCUGAGUGCCUCUAGCAGUUUGUGUGUUGGUCCAAGUUCCAGUAUCUGCAUUCUCCUGUCUCCAGAAGGAAUCCUUUGGCUUUCACACUAUUUUAUAAAACUCCCGUGUUAAAGAUUCUAAGAUGACCUAUUAAGCAAUCUUAAGCACAGCUGACAGAUUACCAGUAGUCAGAGUGUUUCAGUCAUCAAAUAUUUGAUACUGAUCGUAUAAUUUAACUUGAAUCAGUUACCUCAUGAAGCACUUCCUGUACACUUCAAAGUUUCCAUACUGUUUUUAACAUUAAACCUUGAAUUGUAACCUUCACAAAGAUAAUCUUCAUUCAUUGAAGGCUUGGUCUUUUGUGAUGAAACAAUUUAAAGUUAUUUUUGUUUUGUUGGUAGUAACAUUCUUAGAAUUAGAAUUAAGCAGUUACAAAGAUUCUGCGUUGGGGAGGAACAAAAAGCACCCAACCAUUGUGGGGAAUUCAAUUAAGCUCCAGGAACAGUUAAUACUUCAACUCUAACCCAAAUUCAGCAUUCAAUAGUGAAGAGAAAUUAAAUACAGGAGUUUUGUUAUUUAGCAAUAACAUGAUUAUCAAAUGAUACAGCAGUGCAUGAUUAUUUUUAUUAAAUUGCAUCUCAGGGUGAUUAGACAAUUGUAUUUAAAAAGCUUUAUCUCAGCAGUUAUUGCUAAUUUCUGAAUGGAUAAUCAUUGGUUUAGUGAAUUUGCUUACUGCAAAAUUAAUUUCAUUUUGUACCACAAGUCUCUUUUUGCUGGCUGCUGUCAUUAUCAGAAAUGCUGCCAAAAUAUUUAAUUAAUCCUUGCAGACUGAAAUUGCCUAGUAUAGAAAGCUCACUUGUUCAUUUGUGAAUGAUCUACAAAUGUAGAUAAUGCAACUGUACAAAAGCUGUGGUAGCACUUCAUGUUAAUAGAUUAAAAGUUUGGAAGAAUUUUCUUGAUAAAUGGUUUAGUAAGAACAUUUUUUAAAAUACUGCUAUUGUAUUGUAAUUUAAAACCAAUAAGUAUUUCCCAUUUACAUAUUUUACUACCAAAUUCUUACUUUGUACUGUAUGCAUAGUAAUCAACCCUUUGAUUUCAAUGUGAUGUGACAGAAUUUUUUUUAUAUUUAGAGUUGAAUUUAAAACUCACUUCUCUUUGUAUAAUUUGCCAGACAAUGCUGCUUCACUUCAAUAAAGUGUUAAGACAAAA